AGCAGUAAACUACAUAACCUUCGAUGCCACUUUCUGGAAUCGUUCUUAGACCAUUUUCCAAAGUUAAGAAAUCUUGACGGUCUGCAAAUAGUUCCGUUUAUGCAAGUAGUCUUUAUGUUGUGCAGCGAUUUUGAUGACCAAGAACACGAAAGACAAACUCUGAUUAACGUCAUCGAUACUAUAGUAUCAGAAUUAGACUUACAAUCGCAAGGAUUUAGUGGACUAACAGAUCGAUCAUCCCGCCAUGACUUACAGUUAAUGUUUCUAAAAUUCUUGGGUGUACUUAUGACGAAGGUGAAAGGAAUGAGUAGAUCCGCCUUAUCUGCUUGCGUCUUAACAGCGUCUUAUUUAAUGCGCUACAAUAUAUUAGAUUACUGCCUCGGUGCUCUUAAGGCAUUAAGUACAUACUGGAAAGAAGUCUAUCCAACACAUCAAUAUGUAUCUUCUGUUGGAGUAUUGCUGAAAGAACGGCGUACUAAUCUACUUCCUGAUAUGUCUCCGUUUUUUCUACGGCGACAUGUUAGGACUCACGUAAACGAUGUCUUCGCUAAUUACGUUCAGCAGCUUACCGAAAUUUUACUGAAAAUACCUUACCAAAUCAAGAAAUUAGCGGAAUCACAGGGAGCAGACAUGGUUAUUCCUGAAUUUCGUCAGGAAUGGUUUAAUAUCUUAUCCGAGUAUAUGAUUUUACAAUUAACACCGGCCGUUCGUCGUGCAGCACGAAAAUUAUUAAUGUAUCUUUGUGGAUCAAAGCAAGUAUACCGAAGGCAGUUAGAUUUGUACACGAUAAAAUAUCAUAUUGCAAAAGUGCAAGAAAUAUGUUCUAGCCAUGGUUUUCGAUUAUCCUCAACGUAUAUAAGACCUAUUUCUAUUUCACUACCGUAUGAUGUAGUAAGUCAGAUGGUCAAACAUUUACGAGAGUGUCUCGACAUUAGUAUUGCAAGACCGGCGAGUUGGCAUUCCUUCUGUUUUUCCAACGAUAUUAUAGUACCAUAUCUUAUCCAAGUUACUGUUGCAUUUGAUGAGGGUAUUGCUCCCAUAAUAUUAGACCUGUUAGCGAUUUCAUAUCGAGAAAAUGAUAAUACUAAUUCAUCAAGUAUAACUAAUGCGACCUCAUCACUAUCUGAAUCGACAAAUCCAUCGUUGACUCGUAAAAUAUUUGAAAUAAUCCCUAAGACAACUCUUGCACACUUCCUUCGAAAAUUUUUAUUAGAAUCAAAUGUACAUAAUGUGCGAUUUCAAACGUUGUGCUUAAUGCUAUCAAUUUACGAAAGUGCAUCAAUGGAGGAUCAAAAAGUUGUUGUUGAUGUAUUAUGUGAUUUAUGGCCGCUUAUUCCAGCUUACGGAAGAAAAGCGAAAGAAUUUGUUGGUCUUCUUGGUCAUAUAUCUAGUAAAGUAUUAGUAGCUAAAAAAUUGAAUGCGCUUUCCAUUAAAGUUAUCGAACUAUUAAGAGUUUUAAAUGAAAAAUUGAAGAAUCAUCCUAAUGCAAGUAUCUAUAAUCAGUUGAUGAGUUUUGUUGACUUCGAAGGAUAUUAUCUUGAAAGUUACCCUUGUUUAGUUUGCAAUAAUCCAGAGAUUCCAUUUAAUGUAGUCAAGCUAACUUCACUAAAGGCUGACACUCGUUACACAGCUUCUACUCAAAUAGUUAAAUUAUCAUGCAGUCAUAUGAUUUCUGCUGUAACAAUCCGUAUUAGUGACAUUAAACGUGCAAAAAUGAUUCGUACGAUUAAUAUAUAUUACAAUACGAAAACCGUACAAGCAAUUGUAGAGUUGAAAAACAAGCGCUUAUGGGAUAAAGCUUUAUCAUGUCAAUUAAAUCAAAAUCAAUCAGAAAUGAAAGUUGAGCUUCCAUUACCGGUAGUCGCCACAAAUGUUAUGAUCGAAUUCGCAGAUUUUUAUGAUAACUUUCAAGCAUCGGCGGAAACCUUGCAAUGUCCUAGAUGUAGUGCAUCUGUGCCUGCUAAUCCUGGCAUUUGUAAUCAUUGUGGAGAGAAUGUUUAUCAAUGUCAUAAAUGUCGAGCUAUCAAUUAUGAUGAAAGGGAUCCGUUCUUAUGUAAUAGCUGUGGUUUUUGCAAAUAUGCCAAAUUUGAUAUCAAUGUAACAGCAAGACCCUGUUGUUCUGUUGAGCCUAUUAAGAAUGAUGAGGAUCGUAAAAAGGUGAUGUCUCAUAUUGACACCUUACUGGAGCGCGCGGAUGUUAUCUAUAAACAAUUAGCAGCAUACAGAACUCCAAUAAACGCUUUAUUAGCUAAAGUUAGUGAAAGCAACGAUACAAAGGAUUCGAAUGAAGGACACACAAGUUCUAGUACAAGUAGCAGUAGUGGAAGUCGUGUUAGCAAAACUAUCCAGCUUUUAUCGCAGAAAUACGCCAGUGAUUGUAAAUCAUCCUUUGAUGAACUUAGCAAAAUUAUUCAAGAAAUUCUUAUAUCACGUAAAGAAUUAACAGAUUACAACUCGAAGCAAAGCCUUGGUGAACUAAAUGUGGAUUCAACAAAUAGCCAAAUAUUACUUGGCUCUGACGAAAGCUCGAAGAAUGUCGUAAGUAUUCACUCCAUUGGUAAAUGCUAUGGAUGUACAGUUGCUGCUGUUGAAAAUUGUGUUACAGUUAUGAAAGCGUUCGCUACGAAUGAGAUUAUGAAAAGUUUGCUUUGUGAGGAAGAUAUUAUUGAAGAAUUGAUGAAAAAUAAUUUGCAUAGUGGUACAACCCGUAUUCAUAAUACCACACGGGAAUUGCUAUGCCUUUUAGCUAAGGACAACAAAUCAAUAAGUAAGCAGAUAAGUUACAUUUUAGAGCGUCGUGUACAGCAGUCGAUGUUCAGCCAUUACACAAAAGACAAUUUAGCCGCCUCAUUACAUCAAGAAAUGCGUCUGCUGAUUGACACAGUUGAUCUUGAAGACUCAUGUUGGGAAGAUAGACUAAAAACAGUAAUACGAUUAUGUUUAGUUGCUUCAAAAACAAAUUGUCCUGUAACAAUUGAAAAUGUCGUUGUCCCGUGUCUUCGAAUUCUAUCCAAAUUAAUUCAGCUCCCUAUGUCAACGAGCAGCAAUAAAAAGGGUAAACCUGGGCAUGCACUUGUAUCUAUAUCAACGGAUGGGCCUGAGGUCUAUGUCAAUGUAAAGAACUGGCUUAUUGAUGAUCAUGGUAGAGUUUAUGAAAAUUGGAAGAAAAUGUCGCCAUCGAAAUUAGCAGUAUCGUUGAAUAGCACCUCACGCGAAAAAUUUCAUGAAACUUACCUAAUGUCAAAAUAUAGUCGUUUAUGGAAGUUUAAUAUUCAGUUACGGCAUGGCAAAGCUGCUUUACUAUCAUCAAAUCAGUUACUUCUAUCAGAAAGCUGGCUGCAUGACGUUUUAUUUUCGCCUUCACGCUCUGCGCGCCAGAUAAUUUGUUCAAUUUUAGAUUCAGUUUGCCAAGAUAGCUAUGUUUGUCAUCGUAUCCUAGAUUUAUUGACCCAACUACUAGAUUAUAUCGAUGAUGCCGGUGAAAAGGCAAUGGAGUUGUUGCAAACAUACAAAAAAUUAACUAGACCUCGUCAUUGGAAACUAUAUUUAGUCGUAAAGAAGUUAAUUCCUCGAAUUGAAAUAUUAAUGGAAAAAGAAGUGCAAAAAUUAUUGUUAUUAGAAGAAUCAUCUCUUAGUUCUGAUUUAACACAAGGACUAUCAUUGAAGAUGUUAACUGAGAUUCUAAUUGCUAUUGCGAAUCAAGAACAAGUAAAAGUACGUUGCAGGUCACAAUUGAUGCGAAUUGUGCUUAAUAGCUACUUGUCAAUUAGAAGAUUGGUAAUUCAAAGAACUAAAAUUAUUGAUGAAACUCAGGAUUUAUUGUUGGAAAUACUAGAAGAACUAGUGGGUGGGACUGAAGAUGAAGUGAAAGAUUUCAUAAAAACCUGUGUCCAAAUAUUACGUAAAUGUCACCCGAAUGAUAUGAAAACUCCAAUGUUUAUUAUUGAACGUCUAUGUAGUACUAUAUAUCCUGAGCCAGAUAAUGAAAGCGAUGAAUUUCUCAUCAUUGUGGAUAAAGAUCCUCAACAAGAAGAUUUCUUGCAGGGCCGUAUGCAGGGAAAUCCUUAUAGCUCAAGUUCUCAUGGUAUGGGCCCUUUGAUGCGUGAUAUAAAGAAUAAAAUCUGUACAGAUUGCGAGCUUGUUGCAUUGUUAGAAGACGAUAAUAGUAUGGAAUUGCUAGUUAAUAAUAAGAUCAUUAGUUUAGAUUUACCUGUGAGUAAAGUUUACAAAAAAGUUUGGGCUGGCGAAGCGAAUAGUCCCAUGAAAAUAAUUUAUAGAAUGACUGGCCUAUUAGGUGAUGCUACUGAAGAUAUCAUCGAAUCACUUGAGAGCGACUCUGAAGAAGAAACUGAUCUGGAAGAAUCUUAUAAGUUAGCAUCAGUCGUUAGUGAAUGUGGCGGUUUAGAAGUAAUGUUAUCAAUUCUUGCAACGAUUAAAAAUUUAAGAGGCAGUCACGAUCUAGUAAAUGCUAUUCUGAAAUUACUGCAAUAUUGCAUCAACUUGAAAUCAAUUCGCUCAUUUCUGUUAAAGCCAUCUCUUGGAGCAUUAGAUAUUAUGCUUGGAACAUUAAAUCUUGCGCUUGAGAUGGUCAAAGAGUCACCUAAUGGCAGCGGUGCGGUCAUAAUCGAAAAACUCGUCAAAAUUAUGGAGGCUGUAUUACAAGAAGCUGCUACUGCAACUGCAGAUGAAACAGAAGUAUUACAGGGACGAACUAGUGAGGAUGAGCAUCAAUUAGCCACACUGUUGGAGCAAGUAUCCAGCAAAUACGUGAGAUCAAAUGAAAACGUUUUUCAAGCUCUGAUGAGAUUGAUUCCAUUUGUAACAUUUGGAGAUGUUGACAAAAUUCGUAUGCUCGUCAAUUAUUACCUACCGUACCUUGAUUUUAAAAGCUAUGAUGAGCAUGUGAACAACGAAGGACAAUUUUCUUUAGAUUGUUUCUGCCGCAUUGCUGAGAAUGUUCCAAAUAAUAAAAACGGUGAAAAAAUACGUGAUGUAGCAAUCGCAAGUGGAGUCACUCAAAAAGCAUUUGUCUAUAUCGAAGAAUAUAAUAUUGGACAAUCAAUUUUAGUUAAUACAGCGGAAAUCAAAUUAUUACCGUCGCUGCCUUAUGUUUUAAGGAUGCUACAAGGAUUGUGCUCCAAACACACAAAAAGCCAGUUGCUAGCUGAGAAUGCUGUCAUCAUCAACUUGCAUAAGCUGGAACAAGUCUCAGCUGAAGAGCAAAUUGGCUCCCUGGCUGAAAACUUGCUAGAAACUCUUAGUGAAUGUUCUUUAGUUGCUAACAUGGUUAAAGGAGCUAGACGAAAUACCAAAAUCGAAAAGAAGAAAUUAGCUAUGGCUAUGAGAAAGAAACAACUGGAAGCCAUCGGACUUAAAACUAAUGAUAAAGGGCAAUUAAAAGCUAAGCCACAACUACUCGAGCAAAUGAAUGAAAUAGCAGAGGAAACUGGUUUAAUCUGUUGCGUUUGUCGUGAAGGAUAUAAAUAUCAUCCUAAGAAAGUCCUGGGUGUCUAUUCGUUUACGACUAGAACAGUUAUGGAUGAAUUUGAAAAGCGAUCUAGUAAAACGCCAGGAUAUACUACAGUAUCAUACUUUAAUGUUAUUCACUUCGAUUGCCAUGCUUCUGCAGUUCGACUGGCUCGGAGUCGUGACGAAUGGGAGAGUGCUAUUCUUCAUAAUGGAAAUACCAAAUGUAAUGGACUUCUUCCAAUUUGGGGACCAGAAAUUCCAGAGUCUUCUUUUGCAGCGUGCUUAGCUAGUCAUAACAAUUACAUACAAGACUGUACUCAUAUUGAACCAUCAUUUCAUACCUCAGUUCAUGAUAUAAAACACUUAUUGUUGCUAUUUGCUCAUGAAAAGUCUUUCAGUCAUGAAAGUGGUGGUGGGGGCCCUGAAAGCAAUAUAUAUUUAUUGCCGUACCUCAUUAGUAUGACUCUUUAUGUGCUAAACUCAACCCGUGGAUUGAUGAGAGAAGAAAAAUCAAUGAAAGCAUUCGUUAGUACUCCCGAAGCUAAAUGGAUCGAAUCUGCAUAUGAGAUUGAUGGGCCAUAUUAUUACACUAUCUUGUCUGUCCUCGUCUACACGUACAACAAUUGGAGAGAAAACCGUAUAUUGUUCUUAAAAAGGCUGAUCAUUUGUGCUCAUACAAGACAUAUAUCACCGAAAGGAACUUCAAGAUUAAGCAAUAAAAAGAAAGCUAAAUUUGAAGUUUAUAGACCUGUUCUAAUUUUCUUUGCCUUGAUAGAUGGAAUAUAUAAACAUUUUAAGAUAAAUUUGUUACCUGGCAACGAUGGAAUUUGUCAUAGCUAUUUGGAGUAUUUACGUUACAAUGACGUUGUCGUUAAAGAAAAUUGUGAUAAACUGUUGAAAUUGUACCAAAGAGAUUUACUGAAUAUGGAAUCGGUUGAAGAAUUCUUAGACAUAACAGGUUUACAAACAGAAAUUGAUAAUCCGAAUGAGUUCUUGACGACCCUCUUAAACUGUAUACCAUAG